AUGCCUCUGCUGCCUCUUCUUUUUCUGAACACAGCCCUGGGCUUUAAGCUGUGUCCCAGCCACUGCCUGUGCUACGAGUCCUCUGAGCUGGUGGACUGCCGGUCUCGUGAUCUGGUCCGGGUCCCGGUCAGUGUCCCACACGGCACCUGGCUGCUGGACCUGAGUGGGAACAAGCUGACUGAGGUGCACUCCAGAUCCUUUGUGGGGCUGUGGUCACUGAAAAUCCUCCUGAUGUCCAACAACAGCAUCCAGACUCUGCAGCCACAGUCUCUGUCCUCGCUGCAGUUUCUGGAGAGGCUGGACUUGAGUUAUAACCAUCUGCGUUGGCUCCCUCAGCACUUCUCCCAGAGUCUGUCCUCCCUCAAGGAGCUCCAGCUGCACCACAACCUGCUGCUGCACCUGGACUCCACCUCACUGGGUGACUUUGAAAGCCUGAGGAAACUGGACCUCAGCUACAACCGUAUCCAGGCGAUCGACGUCGGGGCUCUCAGCAGCCUGUCUCGACUGAGCGUCCUCAACCUGGAAGGAAACAGGCUGAACGUGCUCAAAGACGGUUUGUUGAGCCGCCAGCAGAGCCUGGAGGUGCUGCUGCUCAGCCACAACAACAUCUCACUGAUUGAGACUGAAGCUCUGGCUCCUCUGCGGAGUCUCACUCUGCUGGGUCUCCGUGGAAACCAGCUGGAGCACAUCAGGUUCAAGACCUUCCUGCAGCUCCAGACCACCACCACCCACCUUCAGAUGGCCCUCAACCGCUGGACCUGUGACUGCGAGCUGCAGCGCGUCUUCGACAAGAUCCGUCGUGUUCGCCAUCUGCAUGUGGACGACUACAAGGACAUCAUCUGUCGUGCUCCUGCUCAGCAGGUCGGGACCUACCUGGUGACGCUGGACGGCCAUCUGUGCAUCGCUGAGACUGCAUCGGUCCUCAUUAUCACCAUCACCGUGAUGGUGGCUGUGAUCAGCACCUUGGUCAAAGCAGAGCGCAACCGGAAGAACAAAAAACCUGUAAGUGAUCCCGAGUCAGAGAGACAAGAAAAGUGA